AUAUAUUGGCACUCUGCAACCCUGCCGCGAGUCGAAUUUGCACUGUUGCCAUCCAUAUCUAACCCAUUAGAUAUUCUGAAGUAUUGUUACCAGCCAGAAUGGCAGAUCAUAUCUUCAAUGAUGAUGCACCCGCCGCUCCACCAGGCCCAAAUCCUGACGGCACUAAAAAUUUCAGUCACAUGUCCAUGAACCAGGCUGAAGAGGAAGUCUUCAGGAAACUCAUCCGUGCCGACGAUAGCUACGAUGAGAAUGGCGUCUACUGGGCUGACAUGAAAAUUGGAAGGCGCGCCAAGUUCGUCGGCAAGGUUGACCGCGAGGAAGCUUCGAGGGAACUCAAGUCGAUUGGCAGGAUGAUCAAGAAGGACCCUCUUAGCCCCGUCGGAGCCUAUGUCCGAAAUAUGGUGAUUCCUGGUGCAGGUCUUCUACUGGAAGGUUACGUUCUCUUCUCCAUUGGUACUAUCCGACCUCUGCUCCAAGCCGCAUUCCCUGCCUGUUGGAAGCACUUCGAAACUUGCGACGAAACAUGGACCCAAGCUGUCGAUUAUUUAGAGAUCGUUGGUAUCAUCGUCGGCCAAAUCCUGGUCGGUGUCAUUGGCGAUUGGAUCGGUCGACGAUGGGGUCUUCUACAAGAUGCCACCAUCAUGUUUAUUGGUCUGCUCAUGCUCACUGCGGCAUGGGGAGUCACGGAAAACGGAUGGGUCAUCUGUUAUGUCUGGUCACUGUUCUUCUAUGGUAUCGGUGUGGGUGGUGAAUACCCCAUGACUGCUACCUCUGGAAUGGAAAACGCUGUCGGUUCCGGCAAGGUCAGUACCAGAGACGAUCGUCUGCACCGUGGCCGCAAAGUUACCAGUGCCUUUCUGAUGCAGGGUUGGGGUCAAUUCCUCAACCAGGUCAUCCUCAUCCUUCUACUCUUGAUCUUUCACCACGGCAGCGGUAACCCUCCAUACUCCAAAGUGGCCGCUCAAUGGACGUAUCGUGUCAGCUUUGCCAUCCCUGCCGUCGGAACUCUCUGGCUUGUCUACUACCGUGCUUACAAGAUGCCAUCGGCGAGUAAGCAGCUUAUGAUCGCCAAGAAGAAGUCGAAAGUCACCGGCUACGACACAAGGUCGCUCAAGAUGUGUAUGACCCACUUUGGCGGGCGUCUGUUCGCUACUGCCAUGGCAUGGUACUUUAACGACGUCUUUUUCUACGGGAACAAGCUUUUCCAGAACGAAUUCAUUAAAGUUUUGACUCCUGGAAACAACGCUGUUAUGGUAGGCUGGCUGUAUAAUCUUAUCAACAUCGGCGUUUCCCUUGUUGGUUACUAUCUCGCCUCCUUCCUUAUUGACAACAAGCUCUAUGGCCGCAAGUGGAUGAUGGUCGUUGGGUUUUUCUGCGACUUCGUCUUGUUUGUCGUCCCGGCAUUUAAUUACGACUUCUUCCUACAAAAGGAAAAUAUUCACGCCUUCCAGGCUAUGUAUUUUCUGUCAUCCUUCUUCAAUCAGUUCGGUCCAAACUCUGUCACCUUCCUCGUCGCCGCAGAGGUGUUCCCUACUCCAGUGCGUGCCACAGCUCACGGUUUCUCUGCCGCUGUAGGUAAGCUCGGCGCCCUGACCGCUGCCGUACUAUACAAUUAUAUCGACAACCCGACCAAAUUUAAGGUCGUGCCCUGGUUCGGUCUCGCUGGUGCCCUCGUCACUCUCAUUUGGAUGCCGGAUACCACCGGCCUGGAUCUCAAGGAACAAGAACGCCGCUGGCGCUAUCUCAUCGCGGGUCGCGCUCAAGAAUACCAUGGUGUCGCGGUGCACCCAAAGCACUUAUCUUGGUGGGAGCGCAUGUGGGGCAUCGGCAAACUGUGGGAUGCGGAGAAGGACUUUGCAGCACAGGUCGAAGAUAUGCGUGGAGAGUGGGAAGAGAGUGAGAAGGACAAGGGAAGAGAGGAUGGGGACGGACUGAACGAGGAGGGAGAGGAAUAUGGCGAGCAUGUUGCGUCAUAUUUUAGGAGAACUGGCAGCAACACAGGCGGGGUCAAGGCCACACGUGAAAUCCGGGAGAAGAGCGAUCUGAACAGCGACACCCAGAGUGAUGAGGUUAAAGAGAAGGAAAGUCAUUGAGGUAUAUAUUCAAACCCUACGUGUCUGUAUGAGUUCGUCAGUAUGGGAUACUUCAGAAUCAUAACGUCAUAGCAGUUGAACAAUCAGACUCGAUGAUUUAUUCUAAUCAUGCCCUGGACGCCGUCUGCUAAUGGCUGACUGUUUAUGAUCAAGCCCCGUCAUUACGAAACAGCGAUAGGAUACAGCAUUUAAAGGCUUACAAUCAGGGGUCAAGGGCAA